AUGCCUAGCUUAGGAAGUGCAUUCUUCUGGCCUGGAAAAGAUCCUGAAGCAACCGUCGCUGGCUUUGGGCGAAAGAGAAUCGUGCAGCAACGAAAUGCCUUUGUGAAAACAUUGGAAGAAUCUGGCUUCAAUUGGCUAGUGUUCAUGGUUGCCGCCUCUGGCUUCUUCACAGACUCAUACUGUUCUUUUCCGGAAGUAGUAGAAAGCAGAAGAAGACGGCGUAGCAGGAGAAAACAGUACAACCUCUUCGCGUCAAAUGUCAUUCUGCCGGCACUCGCUUUCGUCUACUGGGAUGGCACGCCUCAUAACCAGGCGCUCGCGUUCAAUCUUGCCACGUUGGUAGCUUCAGCUGUGGGCCAGCUUGUAUUUGGAAUUGUCGCAGACCUCUACGGAAGGCGUUCCCUUUACGGCAUUGAGCUGGUGAUUGUCAUUUUCAGCACCAUCGGUCUCCUUCAGUGUUCGCCAGGAUUUCGAGACGAUCAAGGCAACACAACGUGGGACGUGUCGACAUGGAUCAUCUUCUGGCGAACGAUCAUGGGAUUCGGAAUUGGGGCUGAGUAUCCACUGAGUGCCACAAUCGCCGCUGAAUGGUCAUCGACCGAGAGCAGAGGACGCAUGCUAGCAGCAGUGUUCCUAAUGCAGCCUCUCGGUCAGCUUUGCGCCUAUGGUGCCGGACUCACGGCGCUGCGCAUCUUCAGCUACAGCAAAGUGGACAUUGACAAGCUGUGGCGCUAUGUCGUCGGUGCAGGUGCCUUCCCUACCUUGCUAGCUCUGGGCUUCCGAAUAUACAUGCCAGAAUCGGGCCGCUUCACGUACGAUGUUCGUAAAACAGGACCCAAAGAAGAAAUGAUGGCCAACGACUUGCGGUCUGAUGAAACUUCAAUAUCACCCACAAACUCACGCGAACACUCCCCAGAGAGGCCAGCGCGCUCAGCGAGGAAUCAGUUCAGAUCUGUCGAACUCUGGCAAUAUCUAUACCAUGAAGGAAACUGGACUUAUCUAUUCGGCACAUCCAUCUGCUGGCUCUUACUGGACUUUGCAUUUUAUGGUUUGGGAUUCAACAAUCCCGCUACCUUGGCCAAAUUAUGGUCAUCCGGAGACCUGGCCUUCCCUGGAGACGCGCCGUGGUGGCUCAAUUCUUCUGACGUCUUAAACCAGACCAUCUCGGAUGUCACUCACAACAUGCUCCAUGCCAUCUACACCGUUUCGAUCUCCUCGAUACUUGGCUCCAUCUUGAUCAUCGCUAUAAUCAACCACUUCGACCGAAAGCACAUGCUCACAGCAAGCUUCGCUCUCCUAACCACCGUUCUAUUCGCAGCAUUCGCCAGCUUCAAAACUCUAUUUCACAACGGCGAUCUACAUAUCGUGCUCAUAAUGUUUUGGGUGCUGAUAUCAUUUUUGUUCAGCUUCGGACCAAACACACUCACCUUCGUCAUCCCGGCCGAGAUCUUUCCCACGAAAUACCGAUGUACAUUCUACGGCACGGCAGCAGCUCUCGGCAAGAUUGGAGCUGUGUUGGUACAGAUCGUGAUCUUGCAGACACCUUCGAUAUUGCGCCCCAAUUCGAGCUCGAUACGAUGGCUGCUGUUUGGAUUUGCAUUCUGCAUGUUGGCGGGCGCUGUGGUUUCACAUUGGUGUAUUCCCCGGGUGCAGAAGUCGCCUGGUUUGGAAAAUAUACCUUUGGAGGAGAUACCGAAUCGAUGCUCAAGGAGUAGAGAUGAAGUGUUUGCGAUGGAGAGCGUAGACAAUGACAAGUGAAAAUUUUGAUAUCUACUGC